AUGAAAAUUCGAUAUUGUUGUUCACUUGCACGACCUUUGCGACUCUUAAAGGUGUCGCUGCUCAGCGGUUUCUGUCGUCAGAAGAAGACUUUCAACAUGGCGAUGGGUGAAGGCGAUUACAAGGACUUUGGACCUCUGGUUGGAGCUAUCGACCAAGGAACUUCCAGCAGUAGGUUCUUGGUGAGUUGCACAUCAAUUAAGUAAAGGACUGAGUUCAGUUUUGCAUGUAAGCAUCGUUCCUUUUACAAUCAAAUUACAACUAUGGUCCGAAACUGGCGGAUACUGAGUAGUGCAGUGUGUGAUAUGGGUGUCACAAGAUCUUUUUCAUCGUGUCUCGUGCAAAUGUGAAACAACUCGAAAUCUCUUCUAGAUAAUGUCAUAUUCCGCCAGAUUUCUCAUAUGAGAUCAGUUCCAUCAGACAAACUGGAAAUCAUGCAAUAAAUAUAAGUCUAGGCUUAUAUUAGUAGUUGUCUUCAAAACGCGCUGCCUUUCCGGAUUCCAACGUGAAUUUACAAUAUAAACAUUCCUUCGUGAUCUAGUUCUGAAGGCAAACAAUUAAUUAUCCCUUGGGAGUUGUAACCCAGAAAAACCUCUCAAAAUUCCAGUGUUCAUCCUCAAGAUUAGAUUGCAAAUCAACUGAAAUCAAGGAAGGGAGUUUUCAGCCUGCGAGAUUAAAAUUGUUACGAACAGCCUUGAAAUACGAUUCAAGCAAUCGAGCUGUAGAUUUAAACACUGUUUGAACGAUACUGCAGCUUGUUAUUUUUAGUUUUUACGGCAUAACUUUUUGGUUUAUUAAUUUAGUGAGGCAUUUAUUUCUACUUAACUUUUCCAGGGGUCAAAGGCUAUCGUAACAUAUACACACCCAGUUUUAUUGCAUUAGACGACUCGGUCAAAAAACAUCUGCAUGACUCACAGGCUUACAGUUAAGCUUCUAAUGUAAACUGAUUUAGGUGUCAAUUCUAGGUAUAAUCUGGGUGUGAAAUCUUUUCAAUAAGUAUUUCUGAUAGAAUUUAAUGUUGGUGUGCUAAUUAAGUAAAUUUCAAAAAGGGAAUCUCUACAUGUCCGCCAGUGGGACAGUUUUUUUUUUUUUUUUUUUUUUUUUUUUUUUUUUCAACACUCUGUAUUUGGACAUCAGAAAUGUCAAGCAAUUUCAAAAUUACUUUGGUUUUUUUAGUGGAUAAAUAUUCUGAGCUUGUGCACACCAUAAAACUGCUAGGUUUUCAACACUUAGAAAAUAAAGUGGAACCUGUUUUAAGCAGCACUGUAUUAAGCAGUCACCCUGUAUUAACUGGCUGGGUUUUUAAGAUCCAAAAUUUCUUCCACUCAAGUACUGUAAUUUCACUAGUAUAAAGCAGUUGUGGUCACCCUUAACUUUUUAACUCCCAAGAUCUGAUUGUCUAUUCUCCCUUCUAGCUCAUAUACAUUUCCUUAUAAAUUAUUAACGAGAAUUUGGCAUUAAAUCAAGAUAACAACUUCUACCUGAUAAGUUUGAGUAUUCUCAUCACCUGUUUCCUGGAUAAUGAAUGAAUACUAUAGGGAGUUAAAGAGUUAACUGAGUCCUUGCAGCCUGUUUGUAUUGUCUCCAUCUGUGUUAAAUAGUCACUUAAUGCAGGACCAGCCCAAAUAAAACACAAAACAAUGUCUGAAAUCGAAAUUAUUCUGUGUUUAUUUCUUUAAAUUAGUAUAAGCACUUUGAAUUCAAAUAUCCUCAAUGUAUUGCAGAUUAUCUUUCUUCUUAGUACGGUAAGGACAAGAUGGUGUUUUUUAUUGUGUUUGACCUCUUCUCUUUGGAACCUGUAUCUAGCAGUCAACCUGUUUUAACCCUUUAACUCCCUCGAGUGAUCAAGACAGAAUUUCUCCUUACAAUAUCAAUACAAUUUCAACCAGAUAAGUGAUGAGAGUAAAGAAAAAUAUCAAUUUAGGGAUAAUUAGUUGAUCCAAUACUAAAUUCUCCAAACUAGAAUUAUGAGAAUUGUAUGAAUGACAAUAAGGAGAAUGACAAAUUUGAUCUGGGAGUUAAAGGGUGCAGCAAUCACCCUGCCAUUCCCUGUGGGUGACCACAUAAUACAGGUUUGACUGUAUAUCUAACCUAGCAAUUUUAUGUUAUACACAAGCUCUGAAAGAAAUUGGUCCACUUGCUUGGAAUUUCCAAGCAAACAUCUGUGAUAGAACCUGCUGCUAGACAUGUAGACUUAGUGUUCAAAAAAACAUUGAUGAUAUUACUUUAUUCUACUGGAUCCCAAAUUUGAAAUUUGCCAUUUAUUGCAGCUCUUUGCAAGUAAAACUGCAGAACUACUUGCCUUUCACCAAAUUGAGGUUGAAAGUGUCUAUCCUAAGGAAGGGUAAGUAUUUCAAUGCCACUCUUAAUUACCUCUUCAAAGAUAACAACAUUUUUUACAUAUACCUGGUAGAAAAAAUAAAACACAGGUGCUAAAUGUACAGGUUUUAGAAUCUUCUAUAUUGUGAAAGAAAGAAAUUUGGUUGAAAUACAUCACCCCAAACUAAACUGCGACCAUUAGGCAAUUACCAAUUUGGUAACCUGUGCUUGGGGUGACUGAGGCUACCCAUCUAGUAACUUGAUGCUUAUGGUCUUAAGUUAGACAAAGACAAACAUUUUCCUAAAUAUUGUUAAUGCCUAACUCCCAAGAUCUGAUUGUUAAUUCUCCCUUCUAGCUGCCACACUUUUCCAUAUAAAUUAGUUUUGAGAACUGGAUGUUAGAUCAAGAUAGCAACUUCUGCUUGAUGAGUUUGUGUAUUCUCAUUUCCUGUUUACUGGAUAAUGUAUGGAUAUUAUUGAGAGAAGUUACUCAUUAAUCUCUUGUGGGAGUUGAAGGAUUAAAACCAAUGUGAGUAUUUUUCACCAAUUUUCUGAGUAUCAAGCUGAAAUAUUUCCUAAGAGGCUUUUUUUUUCCUGGUAACUAAACUUCCUUUUGUGAAGACCAUUUUAUAAUUUGGGUUUCGCAGCGGGAACUUUGAAAAGAUUUAAGCUUGGAGUAUUGUAAUGUGAAAAAAGUUAAUGCUUAGGGAUAUUCUUAAAGUACAAAAGGACUCAUUGAAAGUUUUUUGUUAUCUUUCACUUAUUUUUAUGUUGCUCCCACUGAGUUAUAGCAGAUUAUUUUCUGAGAUAGCAGGUUACAAGUACUCUCAACACAGCCCUUAUUAACUAACAAAGUGUGAUAUUGAUCAUCUAAUGAUUGUUACAGAUGGGUGGAGCAAGAUCCAAAGGAAAUUUUAUCAUCUGUGUAUCAUUGUAUGGAGCAGACACUUCACAGCUGCAAAGACUUGAAAAUCAACCCAGCUGAUAUCAAAGGUGAUCAACAUAAAUAUUCACAUUAUAUAUCCUUGGUUAUGCAGCAAACUCAGACUAUUUUGACCUCUGAUCUUAUCCGUAUCUCAGUGGCAGAGGGAUGGUAUGAUCCUUUGAACCCUAAGAGUGACUACCAUCUAAUUUCUCUACAUAAUAUCACCCUUAAAUAAAAAAAAAUCACGGUCAAAAGAAUAAAGGAAAUGAGCACCAACUAAACAAGCUCUUGAUUUCUUUGAUUUUUUUCGGGCCUUAUUUCAACUACUAGUUCAUUGGUGUUUAUAGCUGUGAGGAUCGUUUAUAUAUUCGUUUCUUCAACUGCAGCACACAUAUAUGAUUUUCAUAUAUUUACAGCCAUUAUUCACCACUUGGAAGGUUUAUUCAGAUCCAAUCUAAUGACCAGCUCCCAGUUGGCUUGUUAGCUCAGUUGGUAGAGUACUGCACCGGUAUUGCAGAGGUUAUGGGUUCAAAUCCCAUAUAGGCCUGAAUUUUUUUCAUGCCUUGUUUCAGCUACUAGUUCAUUAGUGUUCAUAGCUGUGAGGAUUGCUUCUAUAUUUGUUUCUUCAGCUGCAGCACACAUAUAUGAUUUUCAUAUAUUUACAGCCAUUAUUCAAGCUCUUGAUUGUCAAACAAAUUCUCCUUUUCAUCACCUAAGGAAAUGUACAAAGAACAGUAUGGAGAAUUUACAAACUGAGUUUAGGGUGUAAAGGGAGAAUGUUUUUCUUAUCUUGUCAUGAUGAGUGUGGGACAAUGAAAAAAUUUUGACUCCUUGUGAGAAAUGGAACCUCAGACAUUGGGACAUGGCCCUCUGACACUCUACCACUGAGCCACAGAGACUCUUUAGUGAUAAACAUCAUUGCAAGGUUGUAGUAGUAUUUAUUUUCACCUUAACCCUUUAAACCCUAAGAGUGACUAGCAUCUAAUUUCUCCUUACAAUAUCACCUCUGAAUCAUACAUUGAGAUCAUGAGAAUAAAGGAAAUGAUCACCAGCUAACAAAGCUGCUAAUUGUUACACAAAUUCUCCUCAGUAGCACCUUUAGAAAUGUAUAGAGAGCAGUAUGGAGUAUAUGCAUAGUGAUCAAUGUUAGGAUGUAAAGGGUUAAUCAAAUUUCUCUAACAGUUUGGCUUUGUCCUUACCUCUGAGUUGAGAGAGGAACCUUGAGAGUUCAUUUUUUCAGAAAGAAAAAUAUGGCACUAGCCUGGGCCUAAAACUUUGGUGUGGAGUCCAGGGGCCAGUUUCUUAGGAGUCCCAGUAACUGAACCCAUUACACCCUAACAUCAGUAUGCAUAUUCUCCAUACUACUCUUUAUACAUUUCCUAAGGUGCUGACAAGGAGAAUUUGUUUACCAUCCAAAGCUUCUUUCACUGGUGAUCAUUUCCUUUAUUCUCAUGACCUUAACGUGUGAUUCAGGGUUGAUACUGUGUGAAGAAAUUUGAUGCUGGUCACUCUUAGGGUUUAAGGGGUUAACAGGCCUGAAGCCCUUUUUUAAAAGCAAAAUUUAAAGAAGAAAGAAGAAGGUUCUUGCACCCUGACCAGAUCAUUUUGUUUCUUUAGUUUUUGGUUCUAUUGUAUAAUAAUUUUAAAAAGUUUUGAAACCCCUAUCUUGAAUGAAAAAAGAACAACUUUACUGGCCUGUCAAGUUACGGCAAAUUUGAGAAAUAGGCCCCUAAACACUAUGUAUUUGACUGUAUUGACUGCCUUCAUGGAACUUUACUAUUACUUUGUGAAACAAAACAAAUUUUGUUCCUUGUGAUAGUAAUAAAAUUAAUGUGAAAGGUAAGACAAUGAUUGAACACUGCAUUCUCCAGCUAAGUGGAAGAAGGAUUUAUUCCUAAUCAUUAAACUUGAAUGCCUUUUUCACAUUUCUAUGAAUUUUCAUAUUGACAUGUGGCUCUGGGAGUGAUAUAUUUCUUAUUAAAAUUCUUAAUUUCUUAUUCUGUUUUAUUUUUCACAGCUGUUGGAAUUACAAAUCAGAGAGAAACAACAGUGGUUUGGGACAAGGUCACUGGGGAACCACUUCACAAUGCUAUAAGUUAGUAUGAAUGCUUUAUAAAUUAAUCUGUUGUUCCAGAAUUCCAUGUGACAUUUCACAAAACAUUUUCUGUAUUUCCACCACGUCAGGAAAUUACCUUUGGACUUCCAAUUUUCUGAGAUGUUUUAAGCUAUGGAAAAGCACCUUCCCUUAAAAUUCCAUUUUGGUCUUUCAUUAGGUUGGAAGUGGAGGGGAACAGCUCUUUGAUGUGCAUCUGUUGUCUUCAGCUAGUGGCAAUUACAUUAUCUUCUUUAAGUCUAUUAACCCUUUAACUCCCAUGAGUGACCAAGACAGAAUUUCUCCUUACAAUAUCAAUACAAUAUCAACCAGAUAAGUGACGAGAAUAGAGAAAAAUAUCAAUUUGGGGAUAAUACGGUGAUCCAAUAAUAAAUUCUCUGAACUAACACUGUAAGAAUUGUGUGGUUGACAGUAAGGAGAAUGACAAAUUUGAUCUGGGAGUUAAAGGGUUAACCCUUUGACUCCCAGAAGUGAUUAACAUGUAACUUCUCCUUGUAGUAUACAGGUUAUGAGAAUAUUCAAAGUUGUCAGGUAUAAGCCGUCAUCCUGAUCUUACACCAAAUUCUUCUAACUAAUUUACAAUGAAAUGUGCAGUAGCUAGAGGGGAGAAUUAAUGAUCAGAUCUUGGGAAUAAAAUUCUUGAAGACAAUUGAUGGUGUAAAUAGUGUUUACUUUUGUCAACAAAGUACAAAUUUAUAUGAAUUUAUCUAAAUUUGCAGUUUGGCUUGACACAAGGACAAAAUCAACUGUGGAUCAGUUUGAAGCAAACACCCCAGAAAAGACUAGAGAACAUGUCAGAGUAAGUAUAUUUUGGAGGUGGGGGAUGGGGGGGGAUAAUUUGGUUUCAUCAACUAAGUUGAUGAUGUUAAUUGGCCACCAUAAAGAGUUUCUAAAGAUUUCCAGAUUUUUGAGAUGAGAAAGAUGAGUAUUAUUCUUUCCAGAAUUUGGCGCUGUAAAUGAAAUUUUCAAUGAGUGCUAAACUCUUCCAACAACUAGCUGUUAUCAAGAAAAAGUUAAUAAAUUUAAGAAAGCAUUUGAUAUCCACCACUUACAGUAACUACAGGUUUUUAUGUGCCAAAUCCACCAUUUGAAGAGUUAGUUUUUGUUCAGAAAGAAAAACCAGAGAUUCUGGAGGAAAACCUUUUGAGUAAGAACAAGAAAGAACUACAAACUUAACAUGAUGCCAGGUCUGGCAGUUAAACCCAGGUGACAUUACCUAGAGACAAGCACACUGAUGUAUAACUUUGCCUACUUUACCUCAAGCUUGUGUGUAAAUUUAAAUUUUGUUGCAGAAAUGAUUUUGCUGUGGUUAAUUUUAUUUUGUUGUAGGCAUUGUGUGGCCUUCCUAUCAACACUUAUUUCAGUGCAGUGAAGUUAAAGUGGUUGAUUGACAAUGUUGAGGCAGUGAAAAAGGCUGUGGAAGAAGACAGGUGUCUGUUUGGGACUGUGGACUCAUGGCUGAUUUGGGUAAGUCUAGGUUUCCAUUAUCUGGGGGUCCUGCAUUCAGUAGAUGUGAUUUAAUAGGGCCAUUGUUCUCAAAUAAUAAUUAUUGACUAUUUUUUUCCUUCAGAACAUGACUGGUGGUAAAAAAGGGGGCUUGCAUAUCACUGACAUUACAAAUGCCUCACGAACCAUGCUUCUCAACCUGAAGACGCAAAGUUGGGAUCCAUACUUGUGCAAGUAUGUUUGGUAUUUUUCACCUACAGGGUCGUUAUUCAUGAAACUGCAAGAAUCUGCUGAGUUUUUCUGGUAGAAGAAUUUGAAGAAAAUUCAUCAUGUUAAAACAGUAUUGAGUCCCAUUUGAGUGACACACAGUAAUGGUUGCAUAUUCCAGGAAUACUUGCUGAAGCACUUAUGACUGUCGAGUAGCAUUCACUUACGUAUUAGCAUCAACCAACUUUUUUUCUUUCUAACUUGUUACAUUUUAUUGAUUGUUGUUUUCAGAUUCUUCAGCAUUCCAAUGUCAGUUUUACCAACUGUGAAAAGUUCCUCAGAAAUAUAUGGGAAACUUGUAAGACAAUUAAAGUAACAUUGAUUAUUAAAACCCAAAUUUAACAAACAUAUUUUAAAAUAAUUUUCAUCUAGUUUUGGAGAGGCUGAUAAUAUGAAAUUCUUGACAAUCUAAUAGCUUAAUAUUUGUUUCAUUUUGACAUAUACUUUUUAAAGGUAGAGUCAAAGUUUUCUUUUUUUUUCUUUGGAGCAAACUGUGACCAGAGUUGAAGUGAUCAUAAUUUUUUUCUUUCUGGAGUAAACUUCUUUCUAAGCAUAAGUGAUUGUUAUGAAGUUGUAAUUUUUCUAUUUUCAGGUUGAUGGUCCUCUCAGUGGAGUCCCAAUAUCAGGGUUUGUUUUUUUAUUUUUUUUAUACCCUCUCACUCCCAAGAGUGACCAAGAAGUAAUUUCUCCUUAUGAUAUCAGUUCAAUAUCAAGGAGACAGGUGAUGAGAAUCAAAGAAAAUUAUCAAGAAGGAGGUAUCAUAUGAUUCAACACCAAAUUCUCAGCACUUAAAUAGAAAAGAAAUGUAUGCCAGACAGAAAGGAGAAUUAGUAUUGAGAUCUAGGGAGUUAAAGGGUCCCUUGUUAUAAUCACAAAUUGUUUGAUUAAUCAGCACUACCACAAUUUUCUCAUGAAAAAAAGGCAAUCAUUCAUCCACAAGACAUUAUUUUGUUAACAUGUAAGAUUACUGCAGCAGAUGGCCUCUGAAAGACAGACAAGAUUUGUCACAACAACAGCUGACAACAAGAAAAAAAUGAGUUUAUUCUAGAUAGUUUUCUACCAGUAGUAAAGAAAAAUGAGAAUUGUAUGGCAUGUAGGAAGACAGCAUCUUCAAACAUAAUUUAUAAAAAACAAAUAAAGAGAAUAAUUUUGAUUUGAUAUUAUUUUUUUCACAAUAGUGCCUUGGUGACCAGCAAGCAGCAUUAGUUGGACAACUGUGCUUUAAUCAGGGAGAUGCCAAAAACACGUAAGUUCUGGAAAGUUUCUUCUUUGUCCUGUCAAGGUGCCCUCGGUAGAGAGGGGUGAAUGGGGUAUAACUAAAUUCUGCAUUUGAGUCAGGUGGCUCACAAGGUGCCAGAACUUAUCUAGGUUUCUGUAGCAUGAAGCAAUAAGAGAGGGCAAGCCACAGUGAGAGUAAAGUGCCUUGCUUAAGAACACAAUGAACAUGCCUUGUGCAGCAUGCCAACCAGAAGGUAACUGCGACAUCCUUGGCAUGGUUGAGGGGAUCUCUCCCAGAACACCUUAAUGAGGAAGAGGACCAGUGGCUGGGAGCAUAAGAGAAUAGGGGAACAGCAGAGAAGAAGUUGGAAAGCAGAAACUUUAUGGCAGUCCAAAGUAGUAGGGAAAUGCAUAAAUACAAAUAUGGACUCAUCAUUAGUGUGCAUUAUUUCCCAUUAGAAGGCAGGGUGCAAGAGAUAAGAGAACAGAAAUCAAGAGAUUUUGCUUCCUUUUCCUUGUCCCUACCUUUAAGAAAGCUCUCAAAUAAAAUCACUCAUCACUAAUUGAAAAAUCUACAUAAUCUUGUGGGAACAAAUGUUGUUGGGUCACUGUGAUUGAGUCACUAUAUGAUUUAACUAGUUGAUAGUGUUUUCCACAAUCACGCGCUCAGUCAUUACAUUACUGUCUGUCUUUUUUUUCUACACAGCUAUGGCACUGGAUGUUUUCUUCUCUACAACACAGGACAAGAGGUAACAAAAUCUGCUUUGUCACAAUUUCAGAGAAAAUAAUUAAUUUAAACCAGGGCGUGAAAUUGCACCUAAUACAGAUGCCAAUGCGACUAAAUUUUUUACUUUGGCGACCAAAUCCUGAAAAUUAGUUUCCAAAUUGGCAACUAGAAUGCUUCAUCAUAACCUUACCUAGAGAUAUAGUGAAUUAAAAAGAUUUGCAAAGAUAAAUCCACAACAAACUUCCUUGUUAGGUUUAUGUCCCAAAUGCAGCACAUGCAUCUCGAUCAAUAACUAGAUGCAAUCUUUGGUUUAGGUGAGCUUGAACGUUGUAUAUCAUCCACCCUGGUGUCCACUUUGUAGCACGUUAAAGAUCUUUUUCCUAACUUAAUUUUGGAGGGUCUAUCUAGAACGCUGACAGCGUAAAAAAAAGGGUUUUGUUUGUCUUUAAAAAUGGCGAUGAACUUUUUUUGAAUUGGCUACCACUUUGAAAAAUUUGGGAGCCAAGUGGCUAUCAGAAAAAAAAAAUUAAUUUCAUGCCCUGUAAACCCAUCUUUAUGUUCUAUUUUUAUUUUUAAAGGGAGUGAAAUUGAGGAAGGGGUAUCAUAGCUCAUACACCAUGAUGAAUAAACUGAUUAAAACUUUUUCGAAUUAUUUUAUAAAAUGAUCCAGCUCUAAUAAUCAGUGCCAGCCGCCUCCACAUAACCAUGAAUAUGGGGAUUUUUAACAAAAAUUACAGAAUGUAUGAUAUACAGAGUGAAACUGAAGCACUAUCUAUGGACAAAACAUGAAUGUGGUGGUGACCAUUCUCUAUGUUAUCAGCUUAUUUAUGAUUACUAUUUCUGACAUUGUUUGCUGAUUUAUUGUAAUUUUUUUAUCUUGAAAGGUGGUCCUCUCUCAAAAUGGUUUGCUGACGACUGUUGCAUACAAGCUGGGUCCUGACCAACCCACAGUGUACGCUUUAGAGGUGAUUGCAAAAAUAGAAAUAGAGAGCCAAAAUUGAGACAUGUGAUAGAAAUAGUUUGGGGGUUACCUGAGUCAGACUAGUACCUAGUCAUGUAGCAAUAGCAAUCAAUUUAAGUAGUGUUUUGUUGGAAGAUUACAGUUAAUUAAAGCCAACUUGGCUCGUUAAGAGUACCCACCACUUUUCCCCAUAUCACAGGAAUGCAAUUUUCUUUCUAUUUCAGGGCUCAGUUGCCAUCACUGGUGCUGCUGUGAAGUGGCUGAGAGAUAACCUCAAUCUUAUCAGCUCAGCAUCAGAGAUUGGUAAACUACAAAUCUAACAUAGCUUAUUCCUACUGUUGCACAAGCUGUGUGCUGCAGUGCCCUCACUUACACCAGGUCCUUGUUUCUUAUGUACCUGAACAUCCUUUGGAAAUAUCACCACCUUGGUGUUCAUCAUCAUCAUGGGGGUUUCAUGUGCAUGAUUUUUUUCAUGCUUUAAGAGCAUGGGUCACUUUUGUAGUGAUCAUGGAUACUCUUGUUGAAGUCAGCUUUGUUAUGCAUUGUUUUGUGAAGCUACAUAGCCUCAAUGCCUGCAGUUUUUGCUGGUCUUGACCAGUGGCUUAAUUGGCCAUAUCCUUGGGCGAAGCACAUCAUAAUCUGGGGUGCAUCAUUUGGCAUCCUGGUUAUGUGUGGCAUGAAUUUCAUGUGUUGCUUCUUAGCAAACACACCAAUUCAGGUGGUUUUGGCAAUCUGUAGGAUGUCCUCAUCGCUGAAUUUCCAGGCCCAGUUCUGGCUCAGUCACACCUGGUUCCUAUUCCUUACGUACCUGAGCAUCCUUUGGAACUAUCACCACCUUGGUGGUGGGCUAGAAUCCAUGCCUGAUUUUCCAGGACUAUGAAAAAUUCAGCUUUGUUCAACACCUUUCUCCGAAACAAAUCUAUACCCCCUUCCCUAAACCAACAUUAACCCUAACUUGUUAUCAGUUUACUGUUGUUGGGUUAGGGAAGGGGCAGGUGUGCAGUUGCCAAGAUACUGACAUUGAUUUAAGACGUUUAUACAAAAGUUGUCCAAACCAACUACAAAAUGGAAGUGGCCACUGCUAAUGGUUGUGAACUUACAGCUUGAUGCAUGACGUAGUGAAUCUUAUUUUAUUUUAGAAACCUUAGCAGCCAAAGUAGAGAGUUCAGCUGGUGUGUACUUUGUUCCAGCAUUCUCUGGUUUGUAUGCUCCUUAUUGGCAGACAGACGCAAGAGGGUGGGUCAAUAAAAAUAAGCACUAUUUUUUCUACUGUUGUAGACUUCAAUAGCUUUUGUACAAAAUAAAUGUUUUAGGUAUACAAUGUUGUAUUUCUAUAUUAUAUAUUUAGCACAAAUGGACUCCUAUCUCUAUCUUUUCUAUAUAAAAUGUGAUGGAGGAAAAAGAAGACUGGCUAGAAAGACCCAAAUUCAUUUUGACAAAGUAUUUCUUACUCCUUUAAACCCCUAAGAGUGACUAGCAUCUAAUUUCUCCUUACAAUAUCACCCCUGAAUCACACAGCCAGGUCAUGAGAAUAAAGAAAAUGAUCACCAACUAAAGAAGCUCUUGAUUGUUUGACAAAUUCUCCUUGUUAACACCUUAAGAAAUGAAUAGGAAACAGUAUGGAGAAUAUGCUUACUGAUGUUAGGGCGUAGAGGGUUAAUGCAGCCUUGUGUAUCUUACCCAACUCUUUUGUCUUUUCCUCUUGUUUAACAGUGAUAGUACAUGAAGCUCAAAUACCCAAACAUUUAAUCGUCUCCUAAUACUGCUCUGUGUUUUCUUAGAGUAAUCAUAGGAUUGACCCAGUUUACCAACAAGGCACACAUAGCAAGGGCCACUCUAGAAGCAGUGUGCUUCCAGACACGCGAGGUAAGGGUUGGAGUUGAUGGAGGGAGUCUUUUCUUGUAAUUUCUGCCAUCUUGAUUGUAACCUACCAACUGCAGUAACAGGUCACCUAUCUUAGCCAUAUACCUCCUAUAAUUGUAAUUACAGCCACCCCAUCACAACCUCAGUCAUCUGAUCUGACUUACUGCCUAUAUAUCACAAUCAUGGAUUACCCUCAGUCCACUUUGUUUAGUCACAGUCCUCCCAUCUUAGCCAUGGUUCUCUAUUGUAACCACAGUCAACCAUUCUAUCUAUAAAAUAGUUAGUUUAUUGUAACUGCAACCAUGGUUUCUCCCUUAAGUUAUAACUAUGGGUUGACCAUGUUAACCACAUAUUUACGAAGUUAAAGACAGACACCCCUAAGAAAUGAAUUUCAAUUUUCUCCAUUAUCCAGCAAAUAGGUAAUAAAAAUACACAAACUUAUCAAGUAAAAGUUAUCUUGAUCUAACACCAAAUUCAAAUGUAACUAAUUUACAAGGAAAUGUGUAGCAGCUAGAGGGGAGAAUUAAGAAUUAGAUCUUGGGAGUUGAAGGGUCGAGAAAGUCCCUCUCCUUUUUUUCUUUAACUUUGCAUCCAUUUAAUGACAGCAAACCUCUUAUAUUACUCAUUUAAUAAGCACAUUACCAUAUAGAUGUAUUCAAUAAUUUUUUUUUUACACUGUUAGCUCUUGGAUGCCAUGAACAUGGAUUGUGGGAUACCGCUUGCAUCUCUUCAAGUUGAUGGUGGUAUGACGGUGAACAACUUGUUGAUGCAGCUUCAAGCUGAUAUCCUGGGAAUUUCUGUAGGUAAGUAGGUCAUCAACUUGCUCAUUUUAAUCCUUUGACCCCUUACAAGUGAUUAGCCUUUAAUUUCUUCUUGUAUUAUCACCACUGAAUCAAACACGAGGCUCAUGAGAAUAAAGGAAAUGAUCAACUUGAGAUUUGUUUGAAUAUUGAAAACCCUCUUCUUGCAAAAGCUGUAGGAAAUGUGUAAGAAACAGUAUGAAAGUACACACUGAAGGUUUAGGACAGCACAUUUGAAGUGGUCUUUUACAGGAGGUUCAAAACAUAUGUGAGAGAGUUUUAAUUGGUUAUAAUUGAUUAAAGGGGCUAGUUUGCUUUUGUUUGUUUGUUUGGCAGUACGUCCAACAAUGCCAGAAACCACAGCCCUGGGGGCAGCAAUGGCUGCUGGUAUGGCCAAAGGAGUAGAAGUGUGGACUGUUCACGCAGAGGACAAGUCUCAAAUAAACACUGAUAUCUUUGAGCCAGCUGUUGAUACUCAUGGUGAGAUUACCUUUCGUUUACCUGUUUCUUAGAUGUAGACUGUUCAGUUUAUCUCUGUCCACUGGACCAUGUACAAUGGUUGUAAACUUAAAACUCUGUUGAUCCCUUAACUCCUAAGAUCUGAUUAGUAAUUCUCCUUACUGUCAACCAUACAGUUCUUGUGAUGUUAGUUUGGAGAAUUUGGUAUUGGAUCAACUUACAAUCCCUCAAUUGAUAUUUUUCGUUAUUCUCGUCACUUGUCUGCUUGAUUUUGCAUUGAUAUUGUCAGGAGAAAUUCUGUCUUGGUCACUCAUGGGAGUUAAAGGGUUAACCCCUAAGAGUGACUUGCAUCUUAUUUCUCCUUACAAUAUCACCCUGAAUCAAACUUUAAGGUUACAAAAAUAAAGGAAAUUAUCACCCACCAAGGAGGCUCUUGAUUGUUUGACAAAUUCUCCUUGUCAGCAUCUUGGGAAAUGUGUGGAGAACAGUAUGGAAAUGAUGCAUACUGAUCUUAGGGUGUAAAGGGUUUGGCUGGAGAGCAAAAUUUAAUAUUAGAUAUGGGUAAUAUAACUCAUUAUGGCUAACAAGCUAAUUAAGCUGUGUAGAGAUAGGUAAUAAUCUGUUUUAAUUUUUAGUCAUUCAAUUGAAUUUCUUUUUUGUUCAAAGCUCGAGAUCACCAUUAUGCUCGAUGGAAGAAGGCUGUUCAGAGAACCAUGAAAUGGGAAGUGGAUGAUGUUGAGAACCAAGGUAACAAAAGCAAGUUGUAUUCUGUAAUUUUAACAUUAAAUCAAUGCAAGAUGGUUUUAAAUGCAUGUGGAAGAACAUUGUUUUUGUUGAUGUUGUCUUUGAUCACUAUCCUGGAUGUGGUCUGAUGAGGUCUAUAUAACACUGUCGCAGAUCAUAGAAGAUCUCAUGCCCACUAACAGAGGAAUUUGUUGUGCCAGUAACAAUGGAAAUACAGCUAAUAAUUAAUAAUAGCUUUUUGCAUGGCCAUGGCUGUAGGUUUGCAAUCAAAUAAUUGAAAGGGAAAUGAAAACUUCUUUGCUUACGAGAUGCACCCAUUUUAUCUUUUUAAUGCACUUUUUGCAUUAAUAACCAUCUAACUGGUCAUAAUCUUUCUAGCGAGAAGUUGUUCAAAUCCUUCACAUGAUGACUGUAACUUUGCUAAGGAAAAUAGUGAACCGAUGACAGUUGACUUAUAACCAGCAAAUGCCUCUCAUGAUCUGUGAUGGCUAUCUUUGGAGCCUUUUUGAGACUGUUAACUGUGAUAUGACAAGAUAAGAACUUAGUGCUGACUGUUAACCUGCAGUGAUCUUUGAAUUAUGAUAUUCAUUGUCACUUCAUUCAAUAAUUAUGUAACCAUGAGAAGCUGUAAUGAGAAAUUUAACAUUAGGUUUAAGUGUUAUAUUUUACGUAUUACUUGAGGUGUGAUAUGAAUUAACCUCCAUGAUACUAUUAUUUAUGAGUUGGGGAGAAAAUAUCCACAUGUCAGGCAUUUCUGAACAGUCUUUCAUCAACACUUAUCAAAAAUGUGACUUUUCCAAACAUUUGAUUAAGAAAAUGCAAUCUACAAAAUUGAGAUCUCUGGUUCAGUAACAGAUACAACAGAAUUAACAUGGCUUUGAUUUUGCUAAUCUACAAUUAGCUGAUACCAUAACUUGCAGAGUAACCAGCUUAAAAAGCAGCAUUAAUUGUGUGUUUUUGAGUAAUCUACCACAUUCCAAAUUCAUGUUCUGUCACUUGCAUCUCCUCAACAAGAAUAUGGGUGAAAAAUUCAAUUCUCAUAAGAGGUGUCACCUUCAAAACUAUCACCUGCCCUCUUGUCAGCUUUUGGAAUAUUGCCUUCAGAUUCAACUGCGAACACUGCCAGUAUGUUAUAACUAGAUGUACAAAACUCAAGGGUUUUUGAUGACCUCAUAACAAAUAUUUGUCCUAUUUAUUCAAAUGUAGAUGUUAUUAUUAUAGUGUUUGCAGCAGAGACCCAUGUAACAUCCAGAAAGUAUGAAAACAAAACAACAUCAACCACAAAUUUAGGUCAUUACAUGGGAUGCCUGUUGCAGACCACAUUAAGAAUUUGCUUGGGUGUCGUCAUAGUUAGAUAUGGAAGUUAGCCAUGUGCUUGUGCUUCUAACUGAAGUUAUGCCCUGCUGGUUGGGAUUACUACUUAGAUGGGUCACCACACAUUAUCCCAUGUUGUUGAUCUUUUUUCUAGUCUUUAUUUUUCAAUUUUAUUCCUGUACUCUGAAAAGUCGGCAUCAAAUUUAUUAUUUUCCACAUAGAACCCGAGUGACUGUAGAUAACGACCAAUACAUUCCAUGUUAACACCUUCAGGCAUUUUGUUUGAUUUGGUUUUCCUGCAAUUUUACUCAGGACUUUCACUUUAUUUUUAGUAUGUCAUUUCAAAUUUUUCACUGCACAGUUCAUGUUGUUUUAGGUUGAAAGCACAAAAGGUGUGUUAACAGAGAAGUUAUUGUGGAGGUCAGAUUGGCACAAUUUGUUCUUUUAUUUGUGUUCAGUUGUUUUCCAUAGUAUCAGCUUGUUUUUUUGUUGGGUUUUUUUUUGUGAAAGGUGAAUAUUUUCAUUUCUACUUUGUCACAUCAUUGCAUUUUUAGUUUGUUUAUGUGAAAAACACUUUGCAUGAAAUAUCAGAAACUGGAUUUUAACUUAGUACAGUACAUUUGUAGUGAUUUUUUUUUGGUCACAAGUUGAGGUUUGAUUGCCGGUUUAAUACAAAACAAAGAAUCACAGGCACAAGAUCAAAUGUUGCAGUUUUUGUUGUUUGUGCUUGUAUGUCACAGUGAGCAGACCAGUUCAAACUCUGGAGUGUUCACUGCUUCAAUGUCAAGACUCAAACAACUAGGCCUAUCUAAGAUUGGAUACCUAUCUUUUCAAGAGCAGCAUCAAAGUUGAAUUCAAUCCAACCCAUAUUAAUUUAGUGUGGCUCAAAUGUUAGUCAUGCGGUGAUCAUAGGCUAACUUCAGUCACUGCUCCAUUCAUCAGUCACAUUCAUUUAAGAUACAUAAAGAUUGAAAGUAUUAUUGCAUCAGGUUCGUCAUAUGAGAAGUUCAGCAUGUGAUUCAAUGGUGGUCCACUGCUGUUAUUCCUUACUAAACUCUGCACAAAGAAUGGCCGAGUUGAGCUAAAUUCAACUGGCCUUUUCAGAUUUUUUCUAACAUCCUGGGACUGGUAAAUCAAAAGGUGGAUAAUGCUGUUCAACAGACAAAUUGCUAUCAAGUGGAUAAGUGUUAACAAAACGUACUGCACAAGACACCGGAUAGAGAUUUAUCCAGUGGAUAGCAUUGUCCAUGCUUUAAACAACCAUAGUUGGGACUGUUUCUCAUGAACUUGAUAACACAUGAUUCUGUAAUUAAAAUGUUUCAUUAUUGCACUUAACAUGAGAUAUAUUUGGCUCAAUGUCAAGAAUGUGCAUUUCCCAAGAUCUGAUUGUUAAUUCUCCCCUCUUGCUGCUACACAUUUCCUUAUAAAUUAGUUACAAGAAUUCAGUGUUAGAUCAAGAUAACUACUUUACUGAUGAGUUUGAGUAUUCUCAUUAUCAGUUUGCUGGAUAAUGUAUGAACAUUGUAGAGAGAAUCUACCCAUCAAUCACCUGAGAGUUAAAGGGGUUAUCCUACAUUUUUUUAAACCUGCUUUUUUUUCCUUUUUCUUUCAGAUUUACCCCAGUCAUCCUCUGCAGUUGUGGGACCCAUACUUUUUAUAUUUGGUAGUUUAGCAAUAGGCUUGAUUGCCUCUAAACUAAGAUAGCAGUUAAAGAGAGAAGAUAUCUAAUUGAAUGAAUGAUUUAGUAUUAAUUUAUUACAAAAUUUAUUUUCGAUGAAAUUACUAAUUGUGUCCAUGAGAUUUAGCCACAAAGGGGUUAAGUGAAUGAAGUAUUUUUUUUUCAUGUUGAAGUAUGUUUUGGCGUGUAUGUGGCAUAUAUUGUCAGUAUUAUUACCAUAUUAUCAAUGUUGAGAAAGGGUUGGGUUUAAUAUGUUAACCUCUGUUAUGUAGCUCCAAGGAUUGUCAGUUUUAGAGCAAUUUUGUGAUUGAGUGUCAAAAGUCAUCUGGAAUUGCUUUGGUUUUAAUUUACUUUGCUUUGUGGUCUACAAAGCUUGCUCCAUCCUCUCAACUAAUCACAUUGAAAUCUAAAACCAAACAGGACUUAGUCAUUCUUGCCCCCCUACCCCUACUACGUUAUGCAGAUUGGUUGUUUAUUAUGAGCUCUCAUUGAAUCUUUGUCACGUUUUCCCUUCUUCCUCCUUCCUUCCUUCUGAUUAUUUUGGUUUUGGUUUAAUGACGCUCACUCGAGAUUUGCUCUAUUCAUCACCUGAAGUAUUUAAACCCUUCCUCCUAAGAUCAGAGUAGAUGUUCUCCCCUCUAGAUGCCAUAGAAUUCCUUGUAAGUUAGGCAGGAGAAUUUGGUGUUACAUCUAACAUGACCAUCUGACCGAUAACUUGGGCAAUUCUCAACACCUGUUUGCUGGAAGUUGUAUUGACAGUUUAGGGAGAAGUGACAUUUUAGUCACCCCAGAGUGAAAGGGACAAUUGUUACAAUGGCAUGAGAGUAUGUUUGUUUUUCUUCUGCCACGACUUUCUUUUGGAAACAACAAUUUAUUUAUCCAUCAGAUUUGAGUAUAGGACAAAUUCAGUUACUUUUGUAACAACUGAACUCAUAAUCACGUUUGAAACAUUAAAACAACAAUAUUGAAG